AUGGAUUGUUUCAUAGCCCGUACUGUGGCAGGGUACCAACUGUGUGCUCCGUGCCAGCAGGAGGUGAGCAGGUACCGCCUGGCGCUGAGACGCAUGGCGGGUGACCUUGUGUCCCUGCACCAGCGUGUCACCAGCCUGGAGGUGGAGAAUGGACAUCUACGGCACAGCCUGGCUGGGCGUCAGGAGCCGGGCCGUGCUCUGCUCGCUGAUGGGGACGUGGAUGUCAUGACCCGGGAAGAGAUCCUGGACCGGUUGGCCACCCUGAAGGGAGAACUGGUGUCCAGCACAGCGGAGAUGCGGCAGCUGAAGGAUCGUGUGCAGCGGCUGCAGAAUGAGCUGAUCCGGAAGAACGAUCAGGAGAAGGAGCUGGUGCUGCUCCAGCAAGCCCACAGACAGCAGCAAGCUGCUCUGCGGCGGUGCCGGGAGGAGGUGGCCAGGACAAAGGGCCUGGAGGAGAUGGUGAGGCAGCAGGAGAAGGUGAUCAGAGUGAUGGAGCGGAUGUUGCAGGAGAAGCUCUCCAAGAGUGCUGAGAAGCCCGCAGGUGAAGCCCCAGCUGGGGAGCUGCACGCCCUGCUGCUGGCUGAGAACCGACGGCUACGGGAGGAGCUGGCAAGGCCCCCACGCCCCCCAGCACCCCCCAGCACCCCACAGCUCCCACAGGGCACCUUUGGUGGCACGGAGAAGCUGUCCCUGUUGGCCAAGCUAGAGGAGGCACAAGCCCGUGGGCGAGCAAUGGAGAGGCAGCUGGAGGAGGCAGCGAGAAGAUGGGCACGGGAAAAGCAGGAGCUGGGCACCAGGCUGCUGGAGCAGGACCACGGCUUUGGGGGCUCAGCCUCACGCCUUCUGCAUGCCACCGCCAUGAAAUGGCCCCCGGAACCCACCUUACCCCCCAGGAGACCCCGGACCCUGGACCCGCUGCCCUAGGGGGCCUCCCUAGGGCAGGAUGCCGGAGACACCCAGAGACACCCAGAAAU